GACGGAAAAGAAGCAAACGAGAAACAAAACAACACUUUGAAAGGACUUUGAACGGUUCUGCUUUUCAGUGCGUGAUUGAAAUCGUAAUUUACAGUGAUUAACAGUUAUUAAUCAGUUGUUUUUCGUUGAAACCCAGAGCAGAGUGUUUAAAUGGCGUCAGGAAGCGCACUGAUCUUUGAUGAGGAGAUGAUCCGUUAUAAACUCCUCUGGACAGAUCCAGUCUGUGAGAUCGAGGUGCCUGAGCGGUUGACCGUGUCUUACGAAGCACUGAAGACUCACGGCGUGGCACAGAGGUGCAAACAGCUGCCGGUCCGCCAGGCCACCGAGCAGGAGAUUUUACUCGCACACAGUGAGGAGUAUCUGGAGGCCGUUAAACAGACUCCAAAAAUGAGCGUGGAAGAGCUGAUGGCAUUUUCGAAGCAGUACAGCGACGUCUAUUUCCAUCAGAACAUCUAUCACUGUGCCAAGCUAGCCGUGGGCGCCACACUGCAGCUGGUGGACAGCGUCAUGAAGAGAGAGGUCAGGAACGGCAUGGCGCUUGUCAGGCCUCCAGGACACCACAGUCAGCGCUCCGCUGCGAACGGUUUCUGUGUGUUUAAUAAUGUGGCCAUCGCUGCGCUUUAUGCUAAGAAGAACUACAACCUGAACAGGGUUUUGAUUGUGGACUGGGACAUCCACCAUGGACAAGGUGUCCAGUACUGCUUUGAGGAGGACUCGAGUGUGCUUUAUUUUUCUUGGCAUCGUUAUGAGAACCAGGCCUUCUGGCCCAAUCUCCCCGAGUCGGACUACACCAGUGUUGGGAAAGGCAAAGGAUGUGGUUUUAACAUUAACCUCCCCUGGAACAAGGUGGGCAUGACGAACAGUGACUAUCUGGCUGCUUUCUUCCAUGUUCUUUUACCCGUCGCGUACGAGUUUGAUCCAGAGCUGGUUCUGGUCAGUGCUGGUUUUGAUUCAGCCAUUGGGGACCCAGAAGGUGAAAUGUGUGCUAUUCCUGAGAUCUUUGCCCACCUCACCCAACUGCUAAUGCCUUUGGCUGCAGGCAAAAUGUGCGUCGUUCUGGAGGGAGGGUAUAACCUGACUUCUCUGGCCCAAUCGGUUUGCCAAACCGUCCAGACCCUUCUUGGAGAUCCCGCCCCUCGGCUGUCAGGGCUCACAGCUGCUUGUGAGAGUGCACUGGAAUCUAUCCAAAAUGUUUGCAACGCUCAAUCAUCAUACUGGAACUGUUUUAAACACUUAGAGGCUCAUUCAGGAACGAGCAACAAACGACCUAGAAUGGACAAGAAGAACGGUGGAGCUAAAGAGGCUGAGAAACCUGCGCCAGAGACCAAUGCAAAGAAGACGACACAGGAUAUUGUGUGGCCUGAACCUUUAACCAGGACAUCAACUGAUGUGCGAACAGCUGUAGCGCCUCCUCCUGGUGCGGAGGUCUCACUGCCAGAGGGCUGCCAACAUUUGGGGGAAGUUUCCCAAAGCACCACUAAAGUAGUGAAAAGUUUUCGAGAUAAACAUUUCCAAGACGUAACAGAUCAAAACAUCCUCCAGCCUCUUGGAAAUAUAAUUUCAGUUCUUGACCAAAUGAUGAAUAAAGAGGUGCGUAAUGGAUGCAUCGUGGUGUCUGACUUGAGUGUGUCCGUACGCUGUGCUUGUGAACGUGCGUUAAUGGGCCUUGCUGAACGGGUGCUGGUUGUUUUUAUUGGAGAUGGGAAUGUACCAGUAAACACUAAUGACGGGAAGGUGUUACUAGUCCAAGUCUGUGCUGAAGAAACUGAAGAGAAGUGCAUGAACCAUUUGUCCUUGUGUCUGAGAGAGGGUGAGAGCUUCACGGCAGGAUUCAUGCAGGCAGUUCUGAGCCUGAUUCUCCCUCUGGCGUAUGAGUUUAACCCCUGUCUGGUGCUGGGGGUUGUCAGAGACAGUGGGGCAAAGACUCAUCUGGCACCAGUCUGGGGUCACCUGACCAGCCUGCUCCAAGGCCUGGCAGGGGGUCGGACACUCACCCUACUGCAGGGCUAUGACAAAGAUCUGCUGGAGGUUACGGUCUCUUCACUCUCUGGGGGCCCUGUCCCUCCUCUCAGGCCCCUGGGGGCCUCCAAACCUGAAGAUGUUCAGAUGAUGGAAAAGCAGAGACAGAGGCUGCAGAAACGCUGGAGUUUGGUGCAAGAGUGUUGGGGCCUUCUGCGUUGCACAGUUUCAGAAAGCUGAUGGAAACCUCUGGGACAUUGAACGACCUGCAUUUUGAUAUUCAAUUAUGGAAAAUAAUAUUUUUUGUACUUUUUGUAAAUUAUGUAUGGCAUUAAAAAUGAACCUAUUUCA